GACGUCACGAUCAGGUGACGGCACGUCCCGAAUCCCGAUUGCACGUUUUCAAACCGAGAGGAGGGCAGGCCAGGGCAGCAGCACAUGACCAUUCUCCGACGUGAAGCGAACAACUAAACCCGUCUCCCAACAGCUCCGUUAGGUUAGGACACUGAUCUGUUCCGGUGUGAUGGCGACCCCCCUCUGGGUGUUGGUGGUGCUCGUGUCUGGGGCGGCUGCGGGACUCUUCUUCAACGGGGACCAGCCCUGCUACCGGCCCCGUCCCCGGGGGAACGGCUUCGGACUGAGGACCUCACCUCGUCCUCACGAACUGAUGAACCUCUCCGACCUUCCCAAAUCAUGGGACUGGAGAAACGUUAACGGCACCAACUUUGUGAGCACAACCCGGAAUCAGCACAUUCCUCAGUACUGCGGCUCCUGCUGGGCUCACGGCAGCACCAGCGCCAUGGCAGACCGUAUAAACAUAAAGAGGAAGGGGGCGUGGCCGUCGGCCUACCUGUCCGUUCAGAACGUGGUGGACUGCGGGGGGGCCGGGUCCUGCCACGGUGGGGACCACUCGGGGGUCUGGGAGUACGCCAACACCAACGGCAUCCCCGACGAGACCUGCAACAACUACCAGGCCAAGGACCAGAAGUGCAAACCCUUCAACCAGUGCGGCACGUGCACCACCUUCGGGAAGUGCAACAUCAUCAAGAACUACACCCUGUGGAAGGUGGGCGACUACGGCGCCGUCAGCGGCCGCGAGAAGAUGAUGGCCGAGUUGUACGCCGGAGGGCCAAUCAGCUGUGGCAUCAUGGCCACGGAUGAGCUGGACGCCUACACCGGCGGCAUCUACUCGCAGUACGUGGAGGAGCCCUCCAUCAACCACAUCGUGUCGGUGGCCGGCUGGGGCGUGGAGAACGGCGUGGAGUUCUGGAUCGUACGCAACUCCUGGGGAGAGCCCUGGGGAGAGCAGGGCUGGCUGAGGAUCGUCACCAGCGCCUACAAAGGAGGAAGUGGAAGCAAGUUCAACCUGGCGCUGGAGGAGGACUGCAUGUACGGCGAUCCAAUCCUGCCCAAGAACCACCGCUAGAGGAGGAGCGCCUGCUUCAGUUAGCACCGCCACAAACUCUCUGGGGAAGCCGGGUCGUGGUCGAUUUUGCAAAAAAAAAAGGGAAUAUCAUGAUGAUUGCUUUUAUUUUAUUUUUUACUAUAGUGAUUUUGAAAAUGUCAACUUUUUACUUUUCUGUCGCCUUUAGCCAGAUAUGCUGUGGAAACGACAUGUUUACUGCCGCACACGCUGAUGUGCAUAAGUAGUUGAUGAACUAGAAGACUACUAGCCUAAACUUCAAUCAGUUUUGAGCUGAUGCUAGGGCUACCAAAGAUCAUUUCACCAUCUGCGCCUGAUGCAGUGUUAAUAACAGAAUGAGGUGUGUUGACCUGCUGUACUUGUGUCACUAGUGUGCACAUUCGAUCAAAUUGUAAGAGUUUGUCAUGUUCCAUUGAACUACACUGUGAUUUGCCUUUCUUCCUGCAAUGCGAGUCAAUUUAAGAUUGGCCUUUUGGAAAGAAAAAUAUUAUAUAUAUUAAAUCAAGUGGCUGUAA